CGUUUGCAGCCCUAUUUCCCUCCGGCCUAGUAGCAUUUCUUCUUCAUUUCUAUUUUUUCCACUCGGGUUCGAAGUUCGCGGCACGAACAGCGACUGUCUGCGACUUCAAUCUCCUUCCGUUGGACUCCUUUCGCUCUCUUUUCUACCUUCGCUUUCGAUCGGUCGUUCGUUUUCCCUUCGAAUCCGCUACCGAUUCUUCCUCCCAUGCACUGGAGUCCUGGCAGAAGUUAUCAAUCGAAAUGGUUUCAUCACUGCUUCGGCGGAAAUUCUCACAUGGUAUUUCUUGUCAUCUCUAUGCAGAUAAUAUGAAGCCAUUCCGGAUGCAUUUGGAACUGCAUGCUCGCUUUGUAUUUGGUGAUUGCUGUAGUAUUUUAAGGAGAUUCAGCAGCUCCUCUGGUGCACCGUUUGACUUUACAGACCUGACUCGCCCUCAUACAUGGUACCCAAAUGCGCGGAGAAAGAAGAGGAACAUUAUUCUGCAUGUGGGUCCCACAAAUAGUGGUAAAACUCACCAUGCCCUGAAGCAAUUAGAAAGAAGUUCUUCAGGAAUUUAUUGUGGGCCCUUAAGACUGUUAGCAUGGGAGGUUGCAAAAAGGUUGAAUAAGGCACAUGUUCCUUGUGACCUGAUUACAGGACAAGAAAAAGAAGAAAUUGAUGGUGCAAAGCACAAGUCAGUGACUGUUGAAAUGGCUGAUGUGACUAGUGACUACCAUUGUGCUGUUAUUGAUGAAAUUCAGAUGGUUGGCUGUAAGACAAGGGGUUUUUCAUUCACACGUGCAUUAUUAGGGCUUGCUGCGGAUGAGCUUCACUUGUGUGGAGAUGCGGCUGUUGUUCCUCUUAUACAAGAAAUACUUGAAGUAACAGGUGAUGUCAUCAAGGUUCAAUAUUAUGAAAGACUCUCCCCUCUCAUUCCAUCAAAGGUUCCUCUUGGAUCUUUCUCUAAAAUACAAACAGGCGAUUGUAUUGUUACAUUUUCACGGCGUGAAAUAUACAGAUUAAAGAAUGACAUUGAAAAUGGGGGAAAGCAUCUUUGUUCUGUAGUCUAUGGUUCAUUACCACCAGAGACUCGAACAAGACAGGCGACAAUGUUCAAUGAUGAAAGUAGCCAAUUUGAUGUUCUUGUUGCCAGUGAUGCCAUUGGGAUGGGACUCAAUUUGAACAUUUCUAGAAUUAUAUUUUCAACAUUGAAGAAGUUUGAUGGUACAGAUAUGCGAGAACUUACUGUAUCAGAGAUCAAACAAAUUGCAGGUAGGGCUGGCAGGUUUGGAUCUAAAUUUCCUUGUGGGGAAGUGACAUGCAUCGAUGCAGAGGACCUACCUUUGCUCCAUUCAUCAUUGAAGUCUCCCUCUCCUGAUCUGGAGAGUGCUGGAUUAUUUCCUACCUUUGAUUUGUUGUUCUUGUACUCGCGUUUACAUCCAAAAAUGGGCUUCCAUCAGAUACUGGAAAACUUUCUGGAGAAUGCAAAGCUAUCUUCAAAUUAUUUCAUUGCUAACUGUGAAGAAAUGUUGAAAGUUGCUGCUGUUAUUGAUGAGUUGCCCUUACAGUUACAUGAUAAGUACCUUUUCUGUAUUAGUCCAGUUGACAUGAAUGAUGACAUUUCAUCCCAGGGUCUUGUACAGUUUGCACAAACCUAUGCAAGAAAGGGCAUUGUCCGGCUCCGAGAAAUAUUUACACCAGGGACGCUUCAGGUGCCAAAAACACAAACUGCACUCAAGGAGCUGGAAUCUAUUCACAAGGUCUUGGAUCUCUAUGUCUGGUUGAGUUUCCGAUUGGAGGACUCUUUUCCUGAUCGUGAGCUGGCAUCUUCACAGAAGUCAAUUUGCAGCUUGUUGAUCGAAGAGUUCUUGGAGAGACUUGGAUGGCAGAAGCCAAUGGCAAGAAGGUUAUCCCCUCGCAAAAGCUCAAGAUCUCUGCUUUCCCAAGAAAUCAGACAAUAUCUGUGAAAUAACACACCAGCGCGCCCCCCCCCCCCCCCCCAAAAAAAAAAACACAAAGUUUUUCGCUAACCACCAGAAUAUCCAUUUCAAUAAUGAAAUUUUCAUUAUUGCUUUCCUUUGUAAGCCUACUUUUCUAGAAAUUUACCAAUAUUUCGUUUUGUACCAUUAUGUACAUUUUUUCUGCCUUGUCUAAUUAUGCAUUUGUUGAUUUUUUUUUUUGGGUAAACAA